AUGAGCCCUCGACGGUCAUCCCGUGCUCGCUCGUCGCAGCAACCCCCUCCAGGUCCCAACCACACAAACUCCAACACCUCAAUCAUUUCAAAGCUGGAUCGAGACACUCGAACGACCCAGCGCCCAAUCCAUCGACGCCGCUCUUCCACUCAACCGCCUGAAUCUGCCGAUGGCGCAGACUCCACCUCCCGAGCCGAGCAAACGGCGCCACGCCGAAGUCGUCGGAACGGAGAAGACAAAGAACCACUCGCUAAACAACCGCUAGAGGAUGAAGAGAAUGAUAUUGAAGCAGCUGAUGAGGAAGUCACUCGCUGCAUUUGCGGACAAGCUGAAUAUCCCGGUCCCCCGUUUGCGCUAGUACGACGGCUGGUAGGUCCCGACGACAGCGUCGAAGAGCCAGGCAACUUCUUCGUCCAGUGCGACAACUGCGGUGUCUGGCAACAUGGCGGAUGCAUGGGUAUCAUUGAUGAGGUAUUUCUACCGGACGAGUACUUCUGCGAACAGUGCAAACCAGAACUGCACAAAAUCGUGAGGUCCUCAAGUGGGCCGAAAUCCUCGCGUUAUAUUCCCUUGCUUGACGCAUCCUCCAGACGUUCAUCCCCUCUAUCCUCCAAUCCUGAAGCGGGACGUAAGAGAGAUAGCAAAGCUGUUCAGAACGAAAGCACGAAACGGAGGGCCACUAUGAAUAGCCGAGUCGCCUAUGACGAAGACGAGAUGCUAAGAAGAGCAAUCGAGGAGAGCAAAGAGAUGGGCUCCGUGGGCAAGCGGACACGGGAAGAAUCAGAAGAUAACAAGGGCAAUUCCAAGCGUCGACGAACGGGUUCCAACACCUCUGACACGCUUUCCAAGCAUUCCGAAUCGCCCGAACCUGCAGCUAUCGACGAAGGGGCUCAGGCGCUCAGCAGUGCUGCCCAAAAGCUACGAGGAGCAGCUGCUCGGAACAAUAGAGAAAAGGAGCUUCGUGACAAGCAAAAAGAGCAGCAAGCGGCACAGCGAGCAGAGGCGGCAAGUAAACGAAAUGCCCGAUCGGAGCGCAGAAGAGGAGAGGAUUCACCACCUCCGACACCGAGCCUCUCGCCUGCCAAAGCGGUACAGAGUAACGGCCGACCCAAAGCGGAGACGCCCCCCUCGGGCCGUUCAAACAUCAAUAGCCGCAAAACAGGCGGCAGGGCACCAGUACGAAGAGCAAGACUGGGACGCAAUCAAAACACCCGCGAUCGAGAGAAUGGCGACGAAGAGGGCACAUCCCACCACGACGCUUCCCACGAGACAAACGGUGGCGAUAAGUCCAGGGGUGCGUCGCCUCCCACCAAUGGGGCCGAAGGCAAAGAUCACCACAUCAAAUCAGCCACCAGCCAUGGCCAUGGCCAUGGCCACAACAUCAAUGGAGAAAGCGGGCGCAGUUCAAAAGCCAAGACUCAUCCGGCACGGACGAGCAUGAAUGAAAUGAAACGCCGCGUUGCUGCCAUUCUCGAGUUUGUGGGACGAAUGCAGACCGAGCGGACGACGCAGUUGACCGCACAGAAUACCGCGCAUGGCGGCCACGGGAGUGACGGCAGCUCAAAGGGCACCAACACCCCGAAUGGCCUGUCCAAAAGUUCUAGCGGAUCGAGGGCGAGUGCACUACCGACGGCGAGCCUUGUGCGCGCGGUAGCAGCGGGAUUGAAAGACGUGCAGGGCCAAGUAGGGGACGACGGUGGCGAGAAUCCGGUAUUAAUGAUAGAUGACCGGGAUUUUGGGACAAUGGGCAGUGUGGACAUGAUGGAAUCGCUGACCAAGAAGUUGGUACAGUGGCAGAGCGUGUAUGGGGUGUAUUCGCGGUGA